AGUGGCUAUGGAUCUCGUUGCUAUGACUGCAACUAUGCGCCAUCUGGUUACACCAAGCAGGUGAACUACUGGACCAGAGUGUCCUCAAAUGCAGGAUACACUGGAUGUGCCCUUGCCAAAUACGGAGAUGCAGAGACCCUUGACAAAUGGAGCUGUGCUUCCGGAGAGUGCUUUAUCCGUAAAGAUCCCAACGGUCUUGUGUACCGUGGUUGCGCCAACAAGGAGAACCUUCCCCUUGGUGUGUCCACCUACAAGCAGUGCGCCAACCAGGCUGGUUCUCUGUGGUACUUCUGCAAGGGAGAUCUCUGCAAUAGCAAACAGAUUGGUGACUAUGGAGUUUGUGGAUAUAAACCAUCUUACCAUGCCACAUACCCAAACCCAUGUGAUGGCAAAUGCUACAACAACCCCAGCGGCCUUUUUGCUGACAAAUACAACAAGAAUGGUUUUAUCCAGUGUGGAUGUGACUACAAAUAUGGCAAAGCCUGUAUCUGCUGCAAGCCUUUCUUCAUGAAGU